AUGAAGAAGCUUUCGCGGAUACUGUCUCGGCGACGGCCGGACGAUGCAGAUUCGGACUCGGAGCGGCAUCGACGGCGCGCAGGCACGCCUACUGCUGCUGGUGCUUCGGGAUCUGGAUCUGGAUCUGGACCUCCGGCCACGGGAUUUCACCAGCUACCGUCUAGUUCGCGACGAGGCACAGGCAGCAAAGUUGCGUUGGGGAGGACACAUCGCGAGUUGAGGAACGGUGUAAGCGGCGGGUGCAUCGUGGCGGAUGGGUCUCUUGAUGCAAAUGCAAGCAACAGCCACAUUCACAUACACAUCAAUGUCCGGGAUGAUGCGUCGUCGGGAAUAAGCGACGCCUCCGAGCAGAGCGCGCGGAAACAGUUUCUCACAAAGACGUGCCCGCGAUGCGUGGCCAUUGACUUCCCACAGCUGCUGGACUGGAAACAAGGGCAGCCGAGGCCGUGGGUGCCGCUUUCGCAUGUUCUUGUUCCGCCGCCUAGUUUGCCGCCAUCACCGCCGGCGGAUGCAGACGUCCCAGGGAUGAAGGGUCAGACGCCGCCUGGUGCGCCGCAGUGUCCCUUUUGCGUCUUCUUUAGAGCCAUGAUUGGGCCUAUUCCGGCUGUGGGCGAUGGCACGGCCAAGUUUCAUCCGUAUUUGCGCAUUCGGCAGGCGUUUGAGCGGUUGGAUGGCGUUGGGGAGAGGCAUGAGCUUGCGGGUUCGGUGUUGAUGGAGGUCAUGACCAAGAAGAAGAGCUUGCCGUGGGGAUAUUUGCUCAAGGCGGAGGAGGGCGAAGAUGACGGCAUGGCAACGUACUUGGCUGGGGAUGGGGAGAAGGCGAGGAUACGGGGACGAUUGGUGUCGCCGAUGAUCAAUCCCGCGCUGCCGAGGGCAUGGUUGGAUUAUUGCAGUACGAAUCAUGUAGGAGCUGGAUGUACGGCGCCAGUGAAGGCUGUCGAAGGUUUGCGGUUGAUUGAUUGCAAUGAGAUGCGUGUCGUUGCAGCAGACGAAGUUGAGCAUCGUGGCUUGGGGAAGAUGGAAUAUCUCACAUUGAGCUACGUCUGGUCGCAGACGGGGCUAGAUUCAUCGCCUGAUAUGCCGUUCGACCACUCUGCAUUAUUACUUGACUCGGAUGGACACUUGCCAGAAAGUGUGCCGUCGUUGUUCGCCGACGCCAUCGCCUUCACCACCACCCUCGGCUUCCAAUAUCUAUGGAUCGACCGCUUCUGCCUACAAGUCUCCCCGCUGGAACGCAGAAAGCAAAUCGAUCUCAUGGGCGAGAUAUACUCUCGCUCAUCACUAACUCUCAUCAUCGCCGCAGAAGACACCACCCUCACCGGCAUCCCAGGCCUCAGCACCCCACGCGAAGACCAACUCUCCUUGAAGACCAAAACCGGCCUCUACACAACCUCACUCAUCCGCCCAGAUCUCGAAGUCGCAUCCUCAAAAUGGGCCUCCCGCGCAUGGACAUUCCAAGAAGGCCUCCUCUCGCGCCGCCGACUAAUCUUUACCCCGUCCCAGAUAUACUUCCAGUGCCGCACACUCCACUGCCACGAGUCCAUCUCCCUCCCGCUUCGUCUCGCGCCAUCCGUCACCCUCGGCCGCAUAUUCCCCAUCGGUGACGGCUGUCCCAAGCAGUCCGGCCAGUUCAAGGACCUCAUCAAAGCUUACAUGUGUCGCGAUCUGACUAAUAACGAGGAACGGCUCGAUGCCUUCAAGGCACUGCUCGGAGAAUACGCGCGCAUGGACGGCCUCGCGGUGAAACAUUUCCUCGGCCUGCCACUGUUUCAUCCCGACGAUUUCGUAACGAGUAGGGUUGUCAGCGAAACUGAUCGUCUGGCCACCAGCUUAGGGUGGAUCUGUGAUUGGACGGGGUCAUUCGAAACACCAACCGAGCCCUCAUGUUACAGAACGAAUUCCUUCCCUUCAUGGACGUGGCUGGCUUGGAACCUUCGAGAAGGGCUUACGCCGGUGGAUAACAGAUUCUCCUUUAAUCUCGUCGGCAACACGUCCCCCAUUCUAGAUGGUGUUUCUGCUGCCCCUCGGAUGGAGAUCUCUGUCGGGUUCAAGGACGGCAUGGUUUUGUCCUGGGAGAUUGACGGGGACGCUAUAGCCCGCAAAGAUGACGCUAUUACGUUUCUGCGAUUGGAGACGUUUUGCUUCGACCUCAGCUUUACCGUUGAUCCGGACACACGGCUGGCGAAGUUGAAGGACGUGGCUCUGUCGAGGGGUAAUAGGGCGCUCGUGGAGGCAAUGGUUUCUGCGUCGUUGACAUCGGAGCAAAAAGGGAUGGAUCCGAAGCGGGAGUUCAAAUGUUUGGGAGUUCUUGUUUCGGGACGGCGUUGGAAGGAGGACGAUUGUGCAGCUACGGCAUUGAUAUGUGCGAGGACUGCUUGGGAAGAAGAAGGACCGUGGGUACGGCUCGGCGCCGUGGCUAUUGAGUGUGAAUCUUUUGCGGGGGAUGGUGAUAAUGACGGAGUUUUGAAAGGGAUAGACGUGGAUGAGGGCGAGAAAAAGGACCUGGUGGUCCAGUUACGAGAACUUGAUUUGUAUUAG